AUGGAAUCGGGAAAUUCAAGUCGCAUCAUUCCCUCGUACGAGUUGCUUCUCAAUGAGCGCCACAUCAACGAUGUCGUGGAUGAUAACCAUCUACAUGAUGAUGCGAGGAGAGGAUCCAAGUACGCAUGUGGCUAUACUAGCCUGAAGCUCGCUCCAAAUCUGUCUGACUACUUCACAAACCAUGCCGAAUGGCACAUCAAAGAGGGAGUGCCGAUCUGGGUCGAUGCCAUUUGCAUCAAUCAGCAAGAUCCAGCUGAGGUUGCAAACCAAAUCCUCCUGCAGGCCGAAAUUUACACAAUGGCGAAACAAACCAAUGUUUGGCUUGGGCGGUACUCGAGGGAUCUGUCGAUGUUUGAGUGGUGGCAAGAUACCGUAUAUCGAGCCCUGGUACAGAAUCACCAUCGCCAUCGCCAGUCUCCACAUCUAUUUGACCUUAUGUUCAAGACUGGAGAUCAUCUUGAUGAAGAAUUCUGGCUCCAGAAUUUUGGUCUUGCUCCUCCGGAUGGUACGACCUGGUACGAGUGUUGGAGGUCCUACUUGUAUUUCUUCCUUGGCAGACGGUGGUUCUCGCGACUUUGGACGAUUCAGGAAGUUAUGCUUGCGCAAACAGUUUAUAUGUUCUGUGGCCGAAGACGCUUCAAUUUCAAUGACGUUUUGCAACUCGACCGGUGGUUACUGUCCUCAUUCUUCCGCGCAAAACCCAGGUACGAACCGAAUGAGGUCCAUCACGAGCAGAUUUGGCCGAGGUGGAACCCAGGUUUCAAGUUCGAAAUCAUUCGAACGCGCCUCAACUAUGUCCAACCAAGUGUCUUUCCUCCUGAUACCGUGGCUGGAGUAUCAUCCACGAAAAUCUCCUACCUGUUGGGAAUUUUACAAUCCGUACGCGGCCAAGAGACAUCAUUUAAUCGGGACAAAGUCUUAGGACUGGUUGGGAUCGCAGCACAUUUCGUUCCCAGAAGCGAGCUUCCGCUGCUCGUGUAUGACCCUAGCGGUAGUGACCGAGACGUGUUUGUCUCUUUCGCCCGUUAUUACAUACAAAGGGAUUGUUUAGACAUUCUCUCCUACGCAGGACAUCGCCCUGCACAACCUUCAUGGCCGUCUUGGGUCCCCCACUGGGAUGACGUAUCUCAAAGCGGAUCGUACGAGCUGUCCUAUUGCUACGCCGGCGAGAAGUCUCCUGCAGCUCCCGACGCGAGGAAUACUCAUGCCACAUACUCUGAUGGACACUGGCAGAAAAGGCUUACCACUUGUGUUCCCCGGGUGUUCGACGAGACCCUGGUGCUUUACGGCGUGCCCAUAGGCGUUGUCGCAGAGACAUACCCCAAGGAUGAAUGGACUCAGCACAUUGGAUUUGUCAUGGGUCUCUUGGGGCCUACAUACUCUCUUACUGGGGAGCCAAACCACGACGCUAUACGUCGAACGAUAUUCCGGGCCGCAAAUGAUGAUCCGCCAAUGGCCGAGCGGAGUGGCGCUGAGGGUGUAUACCAUCAAUUCCUGCUCUAUCUCCGUGUGCGCUUGGUCCGUAAUGGUCUCGCCAACCCGAAAUUCGUGAAAGAUUUGCAAGAACUGUUGUUGUCUCAGCCAUCUAUGCAUCCACAAUUGUCCUCAAUAGUUCGUGCCGCCUUGGCAGAAAUCAACAGACGUGGAGGUCAAGUGACUUGUCACUCACCGACCGAAUUGAAAGUUGGAAAUUCGGCACAAGAGACCGGCAUUGUACAACAGUCCUUUUCCAAUGAAAUUGAAGUGAUGCAAAAGGUCUUCAACAUAUUCGUCACUACUAAUGGAGUUCUUGGGAACGGAAGCAAGUCGAUCAAGCCCGGGCAUGAGAUAUGGGUCGUCGAGAACGGACCCGUGCCUGUCAUUCUCGAAAAAGGGAUGGAAGCGGGUAAGUUUAGGCUUAUCGGCACAGCAUAUGUACAUGGGGUCAUGCAUGGCGAGGCUAUCAGAGGGAAAAGGGCAGAGGAAAUGACAGAGCUCCGGAUCGUGUGA